AUGUCCCCACGCGCUCUGGAAGCUCUUCGCAAGUUCACCUCCUGUGACAUUGGGGAUGCUCUUGUAAAGCUCAAAUACCCCCAGGGGGGCUUUCUUGAUGGGAUCCGCAUGUUCUCGCCGGGCGCGUCAGGACGCGUCUUCGGCCCCGCAGUGACCGUCGAGAUGGUGGAGAUGAGCAAUACCGCGGCGCCCAAGCUAGACAAGCACUUCGUCGACCACAAUCAGGAGGGCGGCAUAAUGUACGUCCAGCAACCCAAGGGCUUGCCUUCGGCUUGCUGGGGCGGGCUGAUGUCUACGAGAGCAAAGUAUCUCGGGGCGGAGGCUGUGGUUAUUGAUGGUCGCAUGCGAGAUGUUGGAGAGCACAACGAAAUGGGAUUCCCCGUGUUUGCGCAAGGCACUUCGAUCCUCGGAUCCAACACUUUCACACGGGCUUCAAGAGUCAAUGUGCCGCUCCAAUUCAAGGAAGACCUUUGGAUCAAUCCCGGCGACAUUCUGGUGGGCGAUGCCGACGGCGUCGUGGUUACUCCUGUUUCUCUGGUCGAGAAGGUGGUAGCUCUAUGCCAGGAAAGGGCCGAAGUUGAUGAGAAGAUGUUUGUCGAACUGAAGAAGGGGGCUUCCAUGGGAGACCUCAUCAAAAGUGUCCGGAAAGAUAAAUGA